AUGGGCAGCGAGGCCGCGCAGGCCACCGAGGGGCUGCGCCCGGGAGCUUCGCGCACCAGGACUGAGCCCUGCGAACAAGGACCGAGUCCCGCGCACCAGGACCGAACCCCGCGCACCAGGACCGAGCCCCACGCACGAGGACCGAGCCCCGCGCACCAGGACCGAGCCCCACGCACGAGGACCGAGCCCCACGCACGAGGACCGAGCCCCACGCACGAGGACCGAGCCCCACGCACGAGGACCGAACCCCGCGCACCAGGACCGAGUCCCGCGCACCAGGACCGAGCCCCACGCACGAGGACCGAGCCCCACGCACGAGGACCGAGCCCCGCGCACAGGGACCGUGUUCCGCGCACGAGGACGGAGCCCCGCGCACCAGGACCGAGCCCCGCGCACCAGGACCGAGCCCCGCGAACAAGGACCGAGUCCCACACACCAGGACCGAGCCCCGCGCACCAGGACCGAGCCCCACGCACGAGGACCGGGUUUCGCGCACCAGGACUGAGCCCCGCGAACAAGGACCGAGCCCCGCUCAUGAGGACCGGGUUCCGCGCACCAGGACCGGGCUCCGCGCACAGGGACCGGGUUUCGCGCACCAGGACUGAGCCCCGCGAACAAGGACCGAGCCCCGCUCAUGAGGACCGGGUUCGCGCACCAGGACCGGGCUCCGCGCACAGGGACCGUGUUCCGCGCACCAGGACCGAGCCCCGCGCACGAGGACCAAGCCCCGCGCACCAGGACCGGGCUCCGCGCACCAGCACCGGGCUCCGCGCACCAGGACCGGGCUCCGCGCACCGGGAUCCAGCCCCGCGGAGCCCCCGCCGGGCGCUCGCGAAUGCUCCACGGUCCCUUUCGAGGGCGGGAACCACCUCACCAGCUACCCUUGUGCUGGGGACGCAGAGAGCGAGGGUCCCCGCCAGCAGCCACGCUGCCUGGCGCGCGUUCUGGAAGAGGCACCGCCGGAGGGCGGGAACCGGCCCUUCGCCCACCAGAGGGGCACCUGGUGGACUCUGCGCCCCCUUUUCCCAUUGGCCAGAGGGAGCCGGGCCAGGCUCCCCGCUGGAUGCGCGGAUCAGAUCCAGGACGCACACCCGGCCUGGAAGUCGGGGUCCCCGGGUGGCCGGCACGCAGCGAGGCGCACCCUGGGGACACCUGCGGGUCCAGGAGGCGUCCUGCGCGUUCGCGUUGGGGCUUAUUUGUGGGGCCAGGCUGAGAUCCGCACCCUAA